CACCCACCCACCUGCUUUGGACCAGACAUGUAAUUACGGGUGUGUGUUUUCUUCGGUGUCACGGCGGAAUAAGCAUUACGGAGUAGUCGUCCCUGGAGCUGCUCAAUUUUCCAAAGUUUUCAAGCAGUAAUCGAACUCGGACCAUACAGUAUAAGAACGCUGUUCGACGGGUCAUCAGCAGGAGGUGGUCGGAAUUAGACAGAUAAAGUGUGAUCAAAGUGAUAUUUUCAAAGCAAAUAUCAUGUUGCUCCUGACAAAAAAGGAGUGGAAAAAUCUCGCCCGAAGGUUACGCUUUUCACCGCGAAAGCGCCACUACGUCAUUUCGAUGGUGGUCGUCCUUGUGCUGAUUACACUGGUGUAUUGUACCAUAACCUCGUCCUAUUACUGUUUUGAUACUGGAAUCGAGUGGAAAGUUAAUAAAUUUUGUAAACGAUACCGAACUGAAGGUGUUUCUGGUUACAUGUGUCAGGAUUUUUGUAGCUGGGACUUUCGAUGUCCGGAUCCAAGCCUUGAAAUACAUCAUCCCAAUAGAUUCCAAACCAAAAAACUUGGUGAUCCUCUAACCAUAAUCCAAGCAGUUCCGAAUGAAAAUUAUGAAAAGCUAUUUUGGGUGGACAGCCUGUACCAGAAGGAACACUAUCCCUCUGUGACUGAAUACGAGAACAUCGUUAAACGAUACAUUACAAACAAGUACAACAUGGAUAUCCCGUUCGACAAGAUGCGCUCUUUACUACGACUUUCGCACAAACAACACUUGUCCAUGUUCCAUAGCAGUAUGCGUGACAGCUGGAACUUAAUUCAGAACCACGAGUAUGCUAUGAUGAGCUUGUUCAACGAGAAAGAUCUUUUUCCGUAUGUCACAGGAAACUGCGGGGAGAUGUUUGCCUCCGAGCAUCUCGAUCCGGUUGAUUUCGACGAGGAUCGCUACUAUUUAACGAAGAGUAUAGAUGUGGACCGCUGGCGGUACCAUAUUAAGGUGGCGGUACUAAUUUUGGACUAUAUUGAUGAGUUGGAUCAGCACGAGAUUCAAAUGUGCCACGUUGACUUGACCCGGUUUGGCAUUAAUAAUAAUCGAUUGAAGUACGACGAUCUGAGAUUCCUGUUCACGGAGUAUACUAUCAAUCGAAAGAUUUCGAGUGGAAGUUUCUGUACGCGUGAUGAGCAUUGCAAUUUAAUGUACUGCCGGUCAGAGUGCAAUGUCGAGAAGAAUUGGUGCGAGUCGACGGUUUUGAAUAACAAUGUUCAAAUUAUUUGUGAAAAGAUUUUCCUCGGCUCCCCACGCUACCCCGGUAUCCUAAUAACGCAGAAAACCCCAGAUCGGUUGGCGAUGCUGUUAAAACGGUGUGCCGCGCCAACGCAAGAUCAAGAUGUUUCCCGAACCCGACCGCUCGGUGCUUCCGAGGAACUGAAGAAACAGCUGUACAAUGAACUGACCAGUAUUUAUGAGAAACUAUCCUCGGUUAACGCUCCUUAAAGAAGCUUAGAGAAAAAAGAAGACGCAUGGUCGUCAGUCAUAUAUAUGGUUCACUUUUUUGAACCGAUCUACCAGUAGGUGUCAGUGUAGGUGUAAUAUGUUGUGAAACAAAAAAAAUAAUCCUCGAAUGUGGUUUCAAACAUGUAGAAAUCCGGAGAGUCUAUAUUUUGAUCUUUUGUACUUCUGGUAGCUAAAUCUGAAUUAGGGUUAACUUUCUCACAGAAACCAACUUUGCCAAUACAAUCACUUGAAAUGCAAAAGGUUCAACAUUCUUUUAUACUUUUAGGCUAGCUGCUAUUUUUAGUGAUAAUGAAACAUAAGAAUUAUUUAGUAUAACCAAUAAUCAAAAGUCAUUAGUACUAAGCUAUACAGCACCUGUAAUUUUGGUUCACUCUAAUAAAAUGGAUUU